CGGCUUCUCCAGCUGUGUUCAAAUAGGUGGCCCCAGGAGUUGGGGCGGGGCCUGGGGUCGAGCUGGUCCGGGCUGAAGAAGAGCUUGUUGAGGCUGGCAGGGUGACUGCCUGUGACUGUGGCACAGACCGGAGCUCCGGGGCAGGACAUGAGUUCCAGGACCGCCUCGCGGCUGAUGACGCUCCAGAGACACCUGGACCGCCCUCAGGCUGGUGACAUGGCUACGGAGGGCAGUCCACUGACCACUCAUGUGCUAGACACGGCCUCAGGGCUGCCUGCCCAAGGCCUCUGCCUCCGUUUAUCUCGCCUGGAGGACCCUGCCCAGCAGUGGAUGGAGCUGAGAACAAGCUACACAAACCUGGACGGUCGCUGUCCUGGGCUCCUGAAGCCAGGCCAGAUAAAGCCAGGCACCUAUAAGCUGACCUUCGACACAGAGCGCUACUGGAAAGAGCGGGGUCAGGAGAGCUUUUACCCAUAUGUAGAGGUUGUUUUCACUAUUGCAAAGGAGACCCAGAAGUUCCAUGUACCUCUGCUGCUGAGCCCAUGGUCCUACACCACCUACCGUGGGAGUUAGAGUGACACGUUACCUGAGGAAAGCCAUCUUGUCUGCCUGUCCCUUUCAUGGACUAAGCCACCCACACAAGUCAACAGCAUGGGCUUUGUCCCCAUCAAGGGGAUGAAGUUGCUACUUGCUGAAGAGAUUCUAGCUGCCCUAGAGUUUUCCAGUGGGCAGCUGUGACUUGGGAGUCAAUAAAAUGAGUUGCAAAACCUGCA